GAAAAAAUCCCAGGUAGGAGGAAUACUGUCCUUUGAAGUACCCAUACAAAUUCAGGCAGAAAAUUAAUCUACUUCCUAAAGACGGUCGAAAACUCCUCGUAGUAGGGGAAAAAAAAAAAAGACGGGAGGAUAUAUAAUUAAAAAAAUUCACAAGAUAAUGAUAUAAAAAGAAGCAAAUAAGCCAAGUUGUUCUACUAGAUGCUUUAUGCUUUGUCCAUCCAUCCAUCCACAAACCACUCAAACUCUCACACAUCUUCAAUUUUCUCUCUCUCUCUCCUCCUUCCACCAACCAUCAACCAAAAAAAACCAUGGAAUCUCCAUCAUCAGAAACCGAGAUCAUAGAACACGUAGUCCUCUUCAACAUCAAAGACGAAGACUUCCAAGAUCCAUCUAAAGUCAAUGCAAUGGUCAACGGUCUCAACGCUCUAAAUUCACUCAAUUCCGUUACAUAUCUUACUGCGGGUCCCAUCCUCCGCACUCGAUCUCUCCCUUCCUCUCUCAAAUUCACUCACAUGCUUCACGCCCGUUACUCCACACGUGCCAAUCUCUCCGAAUACUCUCUCUGCGACGAACACGUGUCCGUCGUUGAAUCCCUCGUCAAGCCCAUUUGUGACGACGUCAUGGCUGUGGAUUGGGCCGUUGAUCUUUUGGGCCAAAGCCCAAGUGUCCCAAGGCCUGGGUCUGGUAUGAGGUUUACGUUUUUGAAGAUUGAGGAUGUGGAAGAAAGAGAGAAGAUAUUAGAGGGUAUGAAGAAAAAAGAAGAAAGUUUAGGGGGUUUUGAGCAAAUAAGUUUUGGGGAGAAUAUUUCUGAUCGUGGGAAAGGAUUCAGUGUGGCGUUUCUUGUGGUGUUCCAUGAUUUAAAUGAAUUGGAUGCGUGUGAAGAAUAUGAAGAUCAGAUGAGAAAGUUGAUUGAUAAGUUUAAGGUUUCAGAUGAUCAUCUUAUUGCUGUUGAUUAUGUUGUUCCACGUCUUAGUCCUGCUACUAGUUUGGACUAAUAUUCAUAUUCUCCUUUGUUUUUUUUUUUGUUUGUGACUUUGUGUGUAAUUUUUCUGUGUGCUUUUUGGUAAUGUUUGUGCAACUUUUGUGCAUCAUAUAAUAAUAUCAAGUAUAUUUAAUUUA